UCUCACGCGGUGUGAUUGGCGGACGGCGGCUCGGUGGGCGGGGCAGCGCGCUGCUGUGCUGAGCGCGCGUGUUUCCCGCGCUUUUAAGAGAUCCUCCCCCGAUCGGAGUUGUGACCGCCAUGUGGAACGAUCAGGGCUACGAUGGAGGAUUUGCAGAAUCUGGCCGAGGAGGUGGAGGGGGAUACAUGCAAUCCCAGGGGGGAUUUGGAACUCCUGGCUCCACGCAGAACAACGAGCGAACCCGGAGGCCGCGCGUGCAGCAUUUGAUUCCUUGCACCGGGGCUCAGCUCAUGGCUGCGCAGCAGAAUGAUGACAUGUUCUGUCUCGGUGAUAUCGACCUCAACCAGGUGACCAUGGUGGGGCUGGUACGUCAGGCAGAGAAGUCGCCCACGAACAUCCUGUACAAGGUGGACGACAUGACAUGCGACCCGCUGGACGUGCGCCAAUGGGUAGACGCCGAUGAGGAAACUAACGAGAAUAAUGUUGUGCCGCCUGGGACGUACGUCAGGGUCAUUGGACACCUGCGCUCUUUUCAGAACAAGAAGAGCCUGGUGGCGUUUAAGAUCCUGCCACUGGAGGACAUGAAUGAGCUGACGUGCCACAUUCUGGAGGUGGUGCACUCUCACAUGGCUCUGGGCAAACCGCCCGUCCCGGCCGCUGCCUCCAUUGCAGUGACAACGUCCAUGCCGUUGAACACGUCCUUGAAGCAGUCAGCCGCCGGGACUUUGCGUGCAGACAAUGGACUCGCGCAGCACCAGACCAAGGUGCUCACUGUGAUCCGGAGCUGCCACAGCUCAGAGGGCAUGAGCAUGCAGGAGCUGAAGAGUCGAAUCCCUGGCAUGAACCCCGGUUUACUCAAGCAAACCAUUGACUUCCUCAGCAACGAGGGCCAUAUUUACUCGACGAUUGAUGACGACCACUUCAGGUCGACCGAGGUGGAUUGAGGACAACAACAAAGUUUUGCGGCUGGCCUUCUCUCGCCACCACCCUUCCUGCCCGGCGUGUUGACGUUACGGGGGACGUGUAACUUACUUACAGGCGUUGGACACUUAUUUUACCGCCUUCCCCCAAGACAGUUGCUUUUAUUUGAGACAAAAAUAAUUCACCCUCCAUCAUACAGGACUUGUAGUGUUGGCGUUUGCAAAUGCAUUUGCCACGACCGGCAGAUUUGCAGGUUUAACAUCACCAUUGUGAUUUCGAGGUGGCAACGGACGUUGCUGGCACAAGUGGUCAGGCACGUUGAAGAGAGAGCGAGGUAUUUUUUUUGUCUCGCCUGGUUUCCGCUUAGUUAACGUUUUUUCUAGGCAGGGACCUUUUUCCAGGGCUCAGUAGGUUGUGUUCAGUUUCUUUAUCAUCACAAAGCCUAUGAUCCAAAUCUGGAAUGCACCCGCCCGAUCUCGUCAGAGACCAUCAUGCAGGUGUUGUCAUUAGAGGGCAGUGCAGCAAAAUCUAAUGUUGUGCUGUACUUUUAUGCUCCCAUGUCUCUGUUACCCAUUGUCUACACUAACCAGCCUGGUGAAGUCCGGUCAAAUUAUCCACGCAACCCGCACAGCAGCGCUUGGAGGAGGCUGUCAUCUAACAGUGGAUUGACAAAGGGCUGUAAUCUGUAAAACUGUAGUAACCCAAUUUGGACCAUGAUAUCAGAUGCUGUCCCUCCUCUCCACAUGGCAUAUACAUUGAGACCUUUAUCCAUAGCCAGGGUUGCCACCUGUCCCUAGUUUUCCUAUCAGUUGCGUAAUAAUACCCCUCUUGCCUUGUAGUGUCAGCAAGUGGUUCUUUAACAGUCACUGGUCUCUUGCCCAAAUGAGCACGGAGGUCUUGCUCGGCUCCUAUUUACAGGUCUGAACCAGUGAUGGAAAUUCCACAUUUAUGUGGGCGUUGGGGGGGGGGGGGGUCUCUCCAAAGGAGCACCACUGUUUACUUACCCCCAAAGUGGUACCUACCCAAUCAGGGUUGGAACUCGCAACCUUCCAAACGUGAGCCGCUCGCUAUACUGCUGAGCCACCUGCCCGAAGUCGACAAUGACGCCUGUGACUCGGAGCCAUUCUGAGGCACCAUACAAUUUUAUUGGGUUGCUUUUUUUGGGUGUGGGCUCUGUGCCCAUGUGUUUUUUUUCCCACCAGAUAUAAGAUGGAGCAAAAGCGACCGUGAAUCCACCACGACAGAGCACUAUUAACGUGCAUCCUUAAGUCGUGUGAAGCUCACCUCAUUGAAUUUGGCCAAACACCCCAAUAAGAGAGACUGACACUUUGAUUUGAUUAUUAGCGUUCAGUGCUAAUCCUUGGACUUUAAUUUAAGAACCCCGCCCAUGCACGACUUUUGCUCCAGAUAAAACUCGAGACAAAUCAAGAACCUUAAUUCGCAAUUGAAAAUUGGAUCAUUCCGUUUUAAGUUUGACGACGAUGUCUUGCCUCGUUUAGUUACCGGUCAUGUGCCGCUGUAUACGUUUGUAGUAAUCUGUUUGCCUUUUUCUUUAAAGGGAAGUCGUUUAUUUCAUGUUGCCGGAUGGGGUUCUGCGUGUCGCCAAAUGGCUUCAGCGAGCACGGUAAACUUUGGCGCUGCGUCUGUGUGACGGGAAGGGCUUGCGGCUUGCGUCUGCCCGUGUACAACGGGUGCAGUGCCUCCAUUGGCUAUGAAUGUGUCAGCUGAAUGGUGGCCAAGUCGAGCCCCAUAAUAACAAAUUUAAAAGCUGUCACUCGCAAAUGCCUCUAGGCUUAGCGUCACGGAUUCCGUUUCGAGCUGCGUGACCCCCGUGUGUUUUAGUAUUCGUGGGUUUUGCAUUUGCGAUGCCAGGGCCAGAAUUAGCUUGUUUUCUUCCCAUGUCUGUUAUUUUUUUGUGCGUUGCGGAUGUUUUUCACGUUGCGUUUGAAUAAAGUUACGUUUAUGAUGAAAUGUCAA